CCCGGCCCUCGGGCUCUGCUCCCCGCGGUGCUCUAGGUCCUCCCCGCGGGGAGAGGCCGCGGCUGGCGCUUUCCUUCCCGUGGCCCUGCCCUGAGCGUGUGUGGCGGUCCCGCCUGUCCCCACGCUGUGCGAUGGCGCUUCCCCGCCUGCUGCGGCUGUGGGCCCGGGCCCCCGGCCUCGGGCGGGCUCUGCACCGGGCCGGCUCGGCCUCGGUGGCUCCAGACUUCAAUAGCUUUGUCACUCGGACCAACACUUGUGGAGAGCUGCGUUCUGCUCACGUGGGACAAGAGGUCACGCUGUAUGGAUGGAUUCAGUACCAAAGACAAGGCCUGUUUCUGGUUCUGAGGGAUUUCCAGGGCCUGACCCAGGUCAUCAUUCCACAGGAUGAGGCACAUUCCCAUGUGAAGCAGCUCUUGUCUAACGCCCCAGUGGAGUCUGUUGUGCGAGUGACUGGAAUUGUGUCCCCUAGGCCCCCAGGCCAGGAGAAUCUGAAAAUGCCAACAGGGGAUAUUGAAGUGAAGGCAGAGACUGCAGAGAUUCUAAACUCCUGCAAGAAGCUACCUUUUGAAAUCAAGGAUUUUAUCAAGAAAUCAGAGGCCUUACGGAUGCAGUAUCGCUACUUGGACUUGCGUAGCUACCAGUUGCAGUACAAUCUGCGGCUGAGAUCACAGAUAGUCAUGAGGAUGCGGGAAUAUCUGUGUAACCUCCAUGGGUUUGUGGAUGUAGAAACUCCGACGCUCUUUAAGAGAACCCCAGGGGGAGCAAAAGAAUUCCUUGUGCCCUCGAGGGAAGCGGGCAAGUUCUACUCUCUGCCGCAGAGUCCUCAGCAGUUCAAGCAACUCCUCAUGGUUGGAGGCCUGGACAGGUAUUUCCAGGUUGCUCGCUGCUACCGGGAUGAAGGUUCACGGCCUGACAGGCAGCCAGAAUUCACGCAGAUAGAUAUAGAGAUGUCGUUUGUAGAUCAGGCUGGGAUCCAGAGGUUGAUAGAGGGUCUUCUGCAAUAUUCCUGGCCUGAGGAAAGAGGCUGCGUUACGACUCCUUUCCCUUCCAUGACGUACGAGGAGGCGCUGGCUGAGUAUGGGACUGAUAAACCAGAUACUCGUUUUGGGAUGAAGAUAAUGGAUAUCAGUGACUUUUUGCGACGAUUGGACAUUCAGUUUGUGCAGAAUGCCCUCAGUUACCCACGUGGCACUGUCAAGGCCAUUUGUAUCCCUCAGGGAGCAAGAUACCUUAAAAAUAAAGAUUUGGAGUCAUUAAAGACUUCUGCAAAGUCCCAAUUUAACCAGGAAAUCAUGGAAAUUAUCCGCAGGCCUGAUGGAAGCUUGAAGUCUCUGCUUACCAAGUUUCUCGGUGAGAAGCAGCAGUCGGAGCUUAUCCAAGCGCUGAACAUGCAGGUGGACGAUGUGGUACUGCUGGCUGCUGGUGAACACAAGCAAGUGUGCUCUGCGUUAGGAAGCCUACGGCUGGAGAGUGCUGACAUCCUUGAGGCAGCUGGGCUGGUGCUCCGUGAUCCUGCGACUUUUCACUUUCUGUGGGUGGUGGAUUUUCCACUCUUCCUCCCCAAGGAAGAGAAUCCCACUGAACUGGAAUCUGCUCAUCACCCUUUCACUGCUCCUCACCCUUCAGACACCAACCUCCUCUAUUCUGAUCCCACAAAGGUCCGUAGCCAGCACUAUGACCUCGUGCUGAAUGGCAGUGAAGUUGGAGGUGGCUCCAUCAGAAUUCAUAGUGCAGAACAACAGCGUUUUGUGCUGGAGAAAGUGCUGAAGGAGGAUUCUGAGGUGCUUUCCCAUCUGCUUGAGGCUUUGGAGUUUGGAGCUCCACCUCAUGGAGGAAUUGCUUUAGGACUUGACAGACUGAUCUCUCUCAUUGUUGAUGCUCCAAGUAUUCGAGAUGUCAUCGCUUUUCCCAAAUCCUUCAGGGGACGUGACCUGAUGGGCAGUGCUCCAGACUAUGUCACUCCAGAAGAACUAGAGCCAUAUCACAUCCAGGUUUCCUGGCCUCUUGCAGAAAAAGAGGCGAAGCAAAGCUGAUUUAGAGCCAGUGAUGUAAGCUGAUCUGUUUAACCAGAGGUGGUUACAGCUUCUAAAUACUAGAAUUCAGUUCAGAGGGGGCAGUGCAAUCGCACUGUACCAUGGCAGUUUCAGGGUUGAAUGGGAAACAGACGCAAGGGCUCCCUGACAGGAACUCACCUUUGGCUCAGUAAUAGUAAGGAGAAGUAGAAGAGCAAAAGAAAAUAACAAUUUUAGCAUAGGACAUUUGAGACUGGCUUUAGGGUGUCCUACAGGAGGGAAGAUGGGAUCUGUUUUCUUCCAACUCCCCACUCUUUCUGUGUCCCUUGUAAAGUAUUUCUUCUCCCAUCUGGAAGUGAUGGUGUCAGCUUCCCUAGCAGAUGGUUUGUGUUCCUGAUUGAAAUAAAUAACUUACUCUUUUUCUAUGGAUAAACAAAGUUUAAUCCAAUUCCUUAAUUGUAUUCUUUAAACGUGUUCAUUAGAGCAUAAGCAAAACAGCGCUGGGUGCGCGGGGGAUUCACUCCGCCCAACACGCACACCUUAACAAUAAGAAGUGUGCUUAAAUACAGUAUGGCAUUACAUAUUCAUAAUGACCCCAGAAACGCCUAUACAUAUUCAUGAUCUUUCCCGCUUUUUAUUAAAAUGAGUCUCAGAUAACCAUUUACAUAUUCCCCUCCUUGACCCUCCCCUGUUGCGCCUGCGCAAUGUCACUUGGUGAAUUUGAGGAAGGGUCUUUAGGGGUCUUUGGAUGAAGGCUCCUUCAGCUUCGUCACAGUGGACUUUUUACCUUUGGCUCAUUAGGAGGAACUGGUUGGAAUCCAAGCUACCAAACCGACUGGAACCGGACUGGUGCCUCCUUCUUACUGUAAAUCUUGGCUAUCUUGUCUCCUCAAGGUUGCACAGCUGGUUCUGUAAAACUUCUUAUCUCGGCAUUUAAUGAAGUCCUACUUUUUUUAGCACAAGUAGUUACAUACAGCUCCAAACUAGAUAUUAAUAAUGUGGUUUAAAAUGUUAGCUUGUUAGUAGGCCCUUAUUACAUAGUUGCUUAACCCUUAAAAUGUUAGUUCCCAAUAUCAAUAUAACUUCCUAAACAAGCUUCAUAACUUUUUACAUAGAACUUAACCACCUUUCCCUUUUCCAAAUUCAGGGUCCGUGCCUCAUUUGGUUAUACCUGUAAACAUUAAACAUCUUUGCACGAAUCACAACUGCAUUUUUCACAAUUCCCGCCUUUUCUUUUUAUCCUAUUGAUUCGUGCUUUGGCCUCAAAGUUAGCCAGCACCUGCCUAGCGGCAGCUAGGUCCAGUUUGGUGUUAUCUUUUAAAAUCAUCAAUUUAUGCCCCAUUCCUUUUGUUGCCAUUUCAGGAUCUAUAGGCAUAGCUGAGAUUUGCAUGCCUUGGACUACUGAAUGUAUUAACCGAAUAAAGCACGGGAUCAUACAUGGUACAAACAGUAAACCCAGAAAUGCGCAUAAUAUCAUGAACCCUAUUUUCUUCCACCAGGCUCCCCCAAAUAAGUCAUCCCACCAAUGGUUAGUUAGUAUAGAAUUCCAUUUCUGUACUGGUACAUGUGCAACUCGUUUUAUCUCCUCUGCUAUUUUCAUUAUAGCUUCCCCAUUAUCAUCUAUUUCCAAACAACACUCAGAAGUAUUCCAUUUCCCACAGACGCCCCCCUCUUCAGCUAAAAGAUAAUCUAAGGCUACCCGAUUUUGGUACACUGCAGCCCUGGUCUGAGACAAUUGUCUUGCUAUAAGAUUCAGUGCCUCAGCUGUCCGGUUGCUUAUUAUUUCAACCACUGCUUGCAACCGGAUAAUUCGGUUUAACAUAUAUAUUGGGGUACGGUAUCCCCAACUUCCAUCUUGGGCCCAGGUGGCUGGAUCAUAGUAUUCAAUUAUCCUUUUCGCAGGCCAUUCAUCAUCUUUCCAAGUUUGCGUUCCUCCUAUGGGAGCAUUUAUUAAACCCCUCUUCUCUCUGUUUAAAGUUUCGUACAGAGGUUUCCCCAGAUGACUCCCUUUUUCCUUUGGUAGAAGGAAAAAUGCUGGUUGAAUUAUCCCUAUUGUACAGGACCCUCUCCAUUUAGGCAUUAACUCAUUAUAAGCUCUAUUCCCACAUAUCCAAAAUAACCCAUCAGGGGCUUUCCAUGGUUCGUUUAUAUCGGUUGAGCCAGGAUUCCGCCAAUAUCUCCUUAAAUCCCCAAUUUCCUCAAAGGGGUUUGCUUUGCUUUGAUUCUUCCAGCAUAUUGUUUCAUUUCCCAGACUACAAUUUCGAGACCAAUAUCCAUUAGGUGGACCUGGCCACCAAGUGGGAGGAAUAGAAGUAUUUGAUGAAUUUGCCCGCAACACUAACUUACAAGGGGUUUGUCCAACGUAUUCAGUAAAAUCUCGUUUACCAUCAUCCCUUGAUAUGCAUAUCUGCCCUAUUAUUAAGUGACUUAAUACCCAUCCUUCUGGUCUUUUUUCUCGAGUUACAUGAGUUCUGUUCCAUACCAGUAAUCCUUCUGGGCUUACACUCUCUCCUCUCCAAGGCCACUGCUCUGCCAUUUGAGACCCCCCACAUAUCCAGCAUGAUGUGACAUUUAAUUCCCGGGCUAUCUUUUCCAUAAGGUCUAUAAACAGGUUUUUCCCUACUGUUGGUAAUUGUAAUCCCUUGUCUUUUUGCCUUAUUUCUUCAUACCAAUCACUGCUUUUCUGCACCACUUUCUGUUUCUCUUGCCUUCUUUUCAAUUCCUGAGUAGCACUCUUUACUAACUCCUCCUUAUACUGAUCUUGCACUCCCCCUCCAUCUGAAUAGCCCCACAUACCAGUUUGUGAAAAACAGAUACUCUGUUCUCCCCUAGGGCAGGAGACAGAGCCUACACCGAGUCCACCUUUCCCUAGAUUAGUUGCUACCCAUAACUUCUGCCCUUGGAUUUCACAUUUUUCCAAUUUUGUUCUAUCAUAACAUCCAGAAUUAACAUGAGUGUGAUAAUUGAGAACAUAUUGUGUCAGUCGUCCUAUUCUCACGCGCUCAUAGCACUUGGUACAGGGAUUGGCCAGGCUAAGUUGGGAACAAUAAGUCACCACUCCUAGCAAGAGGAUCAGGUCCAGGUUUCUACACCCUCUGCCUCUCUGGCCUACCAGGUUGCAGCUGGCAGCCGAGUUCAUCAUCUUCUCGGCAGCAAGGGUAGUGUUCCCGCCUUUCCUAUUUUUGCCGUUAGGUGAUGACUUUUUAUCGUAUUGCAAACUCUUGGCCAGGAGCAACAGGACGACACGAAAUUUUAUCUCUUUUUUUUUUUUUUUUUUUUUUUUUUUUUUUUUCUUUCUUUUCACUCUACUCUUCCUAUCACUGGUGGACUCUCUAAAUUCCCAUACACCCCUUUAGUAAAUGCCUUCCAUAAUUCUUCACUAUUCUUUUUGUAUUCUUCCAGUGACUGUUAGAAUUCUCAAUCUAGCUUUGGUUUCCUUAUCUUCUAUUCUUAAAUGCUUAUUACACAAUCCUGUUGGUAAUUUCCCUUUGUGGAUAUGCUUAUACCACAGUUCAUUACAACCUAAACAUCCAAUACAGAUAAGAGAAUUACAUAUACAACUUAGUUCAACAUGCUUAACUAUUAAAACAUUCUGAUUUUCAUUUAUGCUGGACAUUCAUAUGAACAAUACUGAUAGUAGUUACAUCACCGAUCCCGUGUUAAUUUCAAUUUCAAUUCCCCCGGUCCUUGAGUUACUUUCCAAGUUCUUUCUUCCAUCAGGGGUCCUUUAACUCGAGAGGCGUGUGACCAUCCUUUCUCUGCAGUCCGAACUGCUGUUUCUGUAGUUAACAAAACAAGAAAAGGCCCCUCCCAUCGUGGAGUUAGAGUAUCUUCUUUCCAGGCUUUAAUUAGUACUUUAUCCCCAGGUUGUAUUUUAUGAAUCGGAAACCCUAAAGGCGGAGUCUGAUUUAAAAUCCCUUUCUCUCUCAGUUCAUUUUGAUUUUUGUUUACCAUGAUCACAUAGUGUUGGAAAGAUAAAUCUUCAAUUUCAGGAGGAGAUGUUGGCAUCCACUGAGUAAACGGCAUGCCAUACAACAUUUCAUAAGGGGAAAGGCCAGUGUCUGAAUUAGGCAUUGUCCUUAUGUUCAGUAAAGCUAAAGGCAAGCACUUUAUCCAAGAUAAUUGAGUUUCAAUCAUCAGUUUAGAUAGUUGUUGUUUCAGAGUCUGAUUCAUUCUUUCUACCCUUCCGGAACUCUGGGGAUGCCAUGGAGUAUGAUAUUCCCAGGCUAUGCCUAAAGCAGAUACUACAGCCUUUAGUAUUUUAGAUGUAAAAUGCGUUCCCUGAUCUGAAUCAAUGGCCAAAAUCAUCCCAAACCUGGGGAUGAUUUGUUCUAACAAUAUCUUGGCCACAAACAGAGCAUUAGCUCUCGCUGCUGGAAAGGCUUCAGUCCAGUGUGUUAGCUGAUCCACUAUAACUAGCAGAUAUUUGUGCCGUCCCACUUUUGGAAGUUCUGUAUAAUCUACUUGGAUCCUUUCAAAAGGUCUAUAUGCAGUUUUUCUUCCCCCUGCUUGGGCCCUCCUCAUGUUUCCUUUAUUUAUCUUUUGACAAGUCAUGCACCCGUGGGUGAUUUGUUUCGCUAGUUCAUAUAGCCCAAAACACCCAAAAUACUUAAGAAAUUGAUCACCCAGUGCUCGGGUUCCCCAAUGAGUUCUCUGAUGCAACUGGUGUAAAAUUACCCUAGCAUAACUUUUUGGAACCAUUUCUCUAUUAUCUGGUAAUAUCCACUUAUUAUUUUUAAGUUGUGCUCCUAUCUUUUCUAAUUCUUGCAUUUCUUUUGGAGUGAAUGACUUCUCUCCUGUACUUUCUGAUCCUUCUUUCAGAGGCUGUAAAACAACUGGUUUUAAAGGUAACACUGCUGCUUUCCUGGCUUCUUGGUCAGCCAAAUUAUUCCCUCUAAUUCUUAACCCUGUUCCUCUCUGAUGCCCCCUUACAUGAACCACUGCUAUAGCUGAGGGCUCCCUCAGGGCUUGCAACACUCUGAUUAUUAACUCUUGGUGUACUAGCCCCUUUCCUUGAGUGUUAACAAGCCCUCUCUCUUCCCAAAGCUUUCCAAAUGUGUGCACCACUCCGUAAGCAUAUUUGGAAUCUGUAUAUAUGGUACCUUCUUUCCCUCUUAAAAGUUUUAAUGCUCGAUAUAGAGCAAAAAGUUCACAAGCCUGCGCUGACCACGCAGGGCUUAAAGAUCCUGACUCAAGAACGCUCAUAGUUUUUCCAUUUACUAUCGCGUAUCCCGAUUUUCGUUUCCCGUCUACCACUCUUGAAGACCCAUCAAUAAAAUACUUUUCUCCUUUUGUUAAUUCCUCUUCUUCUAAAUCGGGUCUGAUUUUAGUUUGUAAUUCUAUCACUUGCACACAAUCAUGUUUAGAAGAUUCAGCUACAUUUCCAAAUAGGAAUUGUGCUGGAUUCCUAGCUCCCGUUGUUUUCAGCUCUAAGCGAGGGGAGCUCAGGAGAAUGGUUUCAUAUUUCAGCAUCCUGCUAUCUGUUAACCAUUUCUCUGCUUUCUGUUGUAAGAUCCCUCUUACAUCAUGUGGGGUAUAAACAGUUAAUUCCCCCCCAAAUGUUACUUUCUUAGCUUCCUCUACCAACAAAGCUACUGCCACUAAAGCUUGUAAGCAUGUGGGCCAUCCUCGGCUUACAGGAUCUAAUAAUUUUGAGUAAUACCCUAUAGGUUUCUUGCUGCCUGCCCAAUCUUGGGUCAGUACUCCAUAUGCAGUUUGGUUAGUUGUUUCUACAAAAAGCUGAAAUGGUCUCCCUACAUCAGGUAAACUUAAAACAGGGGCUGUCAUCAGAGAGUUUUUUAAUAUUCUCAAACGUUCUUCGUCUUUGUCACUCCAUUUGAGUGAGUUCAUUACUAGUUUCUCAUAUAAAAAUUUUACUUUCUCGCUAUAGCCUUCUAUCCACUGUCUACAAUAUCCUAAUAAUCCCAGCAAUUGCCUGACUUCUCGCUUACUUUUUGGUGCAGGCAAGGCUAUAAUCCCUGACACUCGGUCUGGGUCUAACUUCUUCUGCCCUUUCACUAGCCAGUGUCCUAAAUACUUUACUUCUGGCUCCACAAACUGCAACUUGCUUUUUGAAACCCUCAGUCCUUUUUCCCCCAAAAAAUUGAGUAAUCUAAUAGUCCCUGUUCGCACUGCUUCUUCUUCCUUUCCAGCAACUAAUAAAUCGUCUACAUAUUGUAUGAGUUUCACCCCCAAAGGUGAUUCAAAUUCUAACAAUAAUUUUUCCAGUGCUUGUCCGAACAGGUUGGGAGAUUCAGUGAAUCCCUGGGGCAGCACAGUCCACCUUAACUGUUGCUUUCUCCCCGUGUCAGGGUCCUCCCACUCAAAUGCAAAAUAAUUUCUACUAUUUUCAUCUAGAGGACAAGCCCAGAACGCAUCUUUUAGGUCCACUACACUAUACCAAAUAUUUUCGGGAGAUAUUUGAUUUAAUAACGUAUACGGGUUCGCCACUACGGGAAAUCGGGUUUUAGUUCGCUGGUUUACUGCUCUUAAAUCUUGAACAAGUCUGUAUGUCCCGUCUGCCUUUUGGAUUGGCAGGAUUGGGGUAUUAUGAGGAGACAUACACGGCUCUAAGGUGCCAUGUUUUAGCAACCUUUCUAUUACAGGUUUUAAUCCCUUUCUUCCUUCCAGGGGAAUAGGAUAUUGGCGCACUCGAAUUGGAGUGUCCGGGUCUAUUACUUCUAUCCUUAUAGGUUCUAUUUCUAAUUUUCCCAUGGUUUCAGGAGCUGACCACACAGCAGGAUUGAUCUCUGUUUCAUCAUUCGAGGUUAAGGUAUAAAUCUUUACUUUCAACUCCCCCUGCUCGACCCCUAUGGUCAGCCCUAAAGCUACAAUCAAGUCCCUCCCCAGCAAAUUAUUCUCAGCUUCAGAUACUAACAACAAAUCAUUAAGGCAAAUUUGAUUUUCCGAUUCUAUUUCUACGUCACAUAAAACAGGGACUUUGAAGGGUUCUCCCUUUGCCCCAACUACAAAAGCGGUUUUUCUACUUAAUGAGCAUCCUUUAGGAAGUUGCUGUACUGUGGAUCUCUCUGCUCCCGUAUCUACUAAAAAUGUUAUUUCUUCAUGAUAGGGGCCUAUUUUAAGUUUUAUCAAGGGCUCGUUAGUCGCUUUGGCCCCUAACAAAUAGAGCCCCUGACACCCCUAUUCAUCUUCUUUAAACAUUUUCUCAUCUUUCUCCCUUUUUAGACACACCCGCUGUAUAUGCCCCUUUUUCCCACAAUAAUAACAAGUAGGAAUGCUUUCCCGUUGACCAGUGUUAACUGAUACACUGUUUACUGGAGCUGACCUUCCCUGUGGUCUGUUCCUAGGCAUCCAGUUUAUUGGGGCUGCUCUCCCUCUCUGUGAAUUCUGUUCUUCCCUAAGUGGCAGGUUAUCUUCCUUUUUCUGGCACUCCCUCACUGCAGCUACUAAGACUUUUGCCUUUGCCCUCUGCUUUUCCUCAUCCCUUCUCACAUACACCUUCUGUGCUUCCCUCAGAAGCUCCUGUAAUCCCCUGUCUUGCCAAUCAUCUAUCUUUUCUAAUUUCUUUCUUAUGUCCCCCCAAGAUUUAGCUACAAACUGAGUUUUCAAUAAUGUGGCACCCACAGGGGAUUCGGGAUCUAAUCCCGAGUACAUCUGUAUACUCUUUCUAAGUCGUUCCAGCCAAUCUGUGGGGGAUUCAUCCUGCCUUUGGUAUUCGUUAAAGGCUUUAUUAAUAUUUUGUCCUCGAGGGACUGCCUCUCGGAUACCUUGUAUAACCAUUUCCCUUAAAUCUAUCAUAUUUUGUCUCCCCUGUGGGUCCUGGGAAUUCCAGUUAGGUCUCUGGGUUGGCCAUUUUAGGUCCCCCUGGGGUCCUUGUUGGUGUCUCCUUUCCCAAUCUCGCAUACCUGCCACUCGGAUCAUUUCCCUUUCUUCUGCAGUAAAUAAAAUACUCAUAAUAGACUGAAGUUCCUCCCAGGUAUAUAUAUUGGGGCCUAAAAAUUGGUCCAGCCCUUCUGACACACCUAUUGGAUCAUCUAAUAAUUUCCCCAUAUCCUUUUUGAAAUUUCUGACAUCUCCAGUGUUUAAGGGCGCCGUUACAAACCCUAUGCCCCCUACAUUACCCCCCAUAGGCACUUCUCUAAGAGGGUAUAAUUUUGCUUCACUCUCACCCUCUAGCUCCUCCUGACUCAUAGUUUUACUCCUUGUCCUGCUUGAAGGGGGGGAGGUAGGAGGGGCUGGAGCUGUAGGAGCGGUAAAGAUAUUUUCAGCAGGAGAUGGGGGUUGCCCGUGAUACGGUGGAGGCAAAGCCUCUAACGGAUCCCAGGAACUUUUCUCAUCCUCUUUUUUCUUGAGAGCAUACAAUCCUAUCAUUUUUGAACUACCUCUCCAGCAGGCAGCAUAAUCCAUUUCCUCCUGACAAAAAGGUUCUUUACCAUUUACAUAUAAAUUUAGAACCUGACACAUCCAAUCAUCAAAAGUUCCAAAAAUAGGCCAGUAUAUGUGAUCAGGUCUAAUUUCCUCCUUAGUCCAUUCUACCAUACAAUACUGAAUCAUUUUCUCUUUACUCUUACAUUGAGUAAACUUCUCCUUAUCCCAAAAUUCUAGCAUAACCCCCAAGGGACUGUCUGGGGGUAUUUCUGGUAGGCUGCUCCCUUUCAGCCUCUUGGGCCUCCCUCCCCUGGGAUCCCGAGAACCUAGGGACUUACUUUUUCCCUGGCCCAUCCCAAAUGGUGCUUCUUUCACUCUUUUGUGCUUUCGCUUCGUCCCUUCAGUGGCCAAGUCCCUCGCGGGAAAUUGGAAACGCACUUAGAAGGACUCCGCACUCGCUUCGUAACUACGUUACGUCUCACACAUUCAGCACACAAGCACCAAUAACACCACCCGACCCGGCAGUACUCACAGUCCGCUGUUCCUGCUGGGGUCUUCGUGCACGUUGAAUUACGGGUGUACUGCAGUAAUUCUCCGGGAGCUCAAUUCUUUUGCUUAUGCUUUAAUUUUGAAUAACGUUGGUAGCUCUCCGCACACCCAAAUCCAAGGGCCACUAUUAAAGUGGGGCGCCUCCCUUGAACCUGAGGUAACAGUGAGCUAUCCAAGGUUAUCACGUCGGGGUCACCAAUUGAAAUAAAUAACUUACUCUUUUUCUAUGGAUAAACAAAGUUUAAUCCAAUUCCUUAAUUGUAUUCUUUAAACGUGUUCAUUAGAGCAUAAGCAAAACAGCGCUGGGUGCGCGGGGGAUUCACUCCGCCCAACACGCACACCUUAACAAUAAGAAGUGUGCUUAAAUACAGUAUGGCAUUACAUAUUCAUAAUGACCCCAGAAACGCCUAUACAUAUUCAUGAUCUUUCCCGCUUUUUAUUAAAAUGAGUCUCAGAUAACCAUUUACAUAUUCCCCUCCUUGACCCUCCCCUGUUGCGCCUGCGCAAUGUCACUUGGUGAAUUUGAGGAAGGGUCUUUAGGGGUCUUUGGAUGAAGGCUCCUUCAGCUUCGUCACAGUGGACUUUUUACCUUUGGCUCAUUAGGAGGAACUGGUUGGAAUCCAAGCUACCAAACCGACUGGAACCGGACUGGUGCCUCCUUCUUACUGUAAAUCUUGGCUAUCUUGUCUCCUCAAGGUUGCACAGCUGGUUCUGUAAAACUUCUUAUCUCGGCAUUUAAUGAAGUCCUACUUUUUUUAGCACAAGUAGUUACAUACAGCUCCAAACUAGAUAUUAAUAAUGUGGUUUAAAAUGUUAGCUUGUUAGUAGGCCCUUAUUACAUAGUUGCUUAACCCUUAAAAUGUUAGUUCCCAAUAUCAAUAUAACUUCCUAAACAAGCUUCAUAACUUUUUACAUAGAACUUAACCACCUUUCCCUUUUCCAAAUUCAGGGUCCGUGCCUCAUUUGGUUAUACCUGUAAACAUUAAACAUCUUUGCACGAAUCACAACUGCAUUUUUCACACUGAUGCUCACUGAUUCUGUUGGCUGCGGACUGUUAGAGUAGAGCAGUGCUGUGCUGGGCAAAGAGCUCUUUGCACACAGAAAACACAGCAAAACUUCAGCCAGCAGCUUGUCUCGUGUUGAAGGAUACAAGAACAUCCAGGACUUGCCACAGGGACUUGAUAUUCAGCUAUGUUCCCUCUUCAAAGAGGGAAAGAGAAGCGUUUAUAACACUUGCAACAGUUGUCCUGGUAAUGCUUUGUGAAGAGGUGAUGAUCUGUCUUUGGGGCCUGUGGUCCUGGUUUCUGAAGUUUGUAAAUAAACUUUAUCUGACCGUGUGGUUUUGACUGAGCUUGGCUUUGGGCUUUCUCUACAAGAGCAAGCUGCAAGUUGUUCUUUCUGACCCCUGAUCCCUCCAGGAAAUGACAAGAGAUUUGUGACAGCAUAGCGGGGUUGCCAGUCUCCUGUGAAUUCUGCCUUGUCCUGCAAACCUGCAGCUACAGUGGUGAGUGCUGCAGCAACAAGUUCCUCACCACAACUGUCUGUUCAUCCCAGUCCUACACCAGAACAGCCACAGUGCAGGAACAGGACAUGGGCUCCAGCAGCAUCGUACGAGACCACUCAGCUCUGUGCUGUAGCAUACAGCAAACCCUCUGCAGAGACACCCCACCCUGGUUGGUGUUAACUCUGUUUAGGUUGGCAAAAGCAGAGGAUUGCUGGGAGGAAGGUGAAGAAACUGAGGAAAAGAGAAGGAAGAGAUUACCUGGCUAAUCUAGGAAGGCGGUGCAAGGGAAGAAAAGUGAGAGCUGCUGUGUCCCAGCUGGGAAGAACCACGGGAGACAUCUGCACAUCUGCAUGAGGACAGAAGGCAGACUGCAGUUCUUGUCUGAGCUGAGGCUGCGCUCCAGCCUUCUGCAGGAGAUCCUGCAGAUUCUCACCGAUUCUAUGCUGCUCCAAGGGUUACCAGCUGAUUGAACCUUCAUACUGUGGGAUAAUAAUAUAUGGUGCUGUACACUGUUGGUUGUUUUGUUGUUUUAAAUAUUGGACUGUCUGGUCAAUAAGGAACAAUGACAAGGUGGCUUCUCAAGGUUUUUAUUUUUUUUUUUUAGUGCUUUAUACAGGCUAAAGGUACCAUCCAUAGACAACUAACAGUGGAGCUGACUUGCUGCUGCUGUGCGGGUUAUAAGAAGAUGUAGUUCUGUGUGUAAAAGAAAACUUAAAUCCCUAUUUAAUGUUAUAUCAUCAGUCUUAGAGCAUGGUUAAAUACUGUUUAAAAAAAAACCAAACCAACACAAUCCUGGAUUUGUGUUCGUAUUCAUUCUAGCCAAAUACUGUGAAUUCCUUUAUUUUUUUCAUUAUAUGAGCUAUUAAUUCUUAGCUUGAAAUUAAUUCACCUUUGUUUUACUCCUGAGUAGAAGCUGGCAGUAAUGGAGGGAGGCUCAGCUUUCAGAGGGAAGCUGAGCUGAAAAUUUGAUCCCUAAGCAGAUCCAUGUUAAGAACAAUUUGUUGUUGUUUUUGUGGGGAAGAGAGUCACCCUCUGAGUGUUACAUGAAAUGUUUCUGUUCACUUAACUUCUAAGUGGUGAUGCAGAAUACAGCUACUACAAGGCUAUGUAUAUUUGGUCUGAUUUUUUUUUAGAGUAUGCUGGGUUUUGUUAUUUAGUUUCUUUACUGGUUUUGAGAUUUAAAUUUGUGUGAAAUUUACUUGAGGAUCAUCUGUGUUCCCAAAGCAGGGAUGUCAGAGGCUUGUUUGAGGACAUGCACUCACAGAAAAGAAGUUAUUCUGGAAAGUUCUUCGCUCCCUCAACACUGUUAUUUAUAGGAACUGUAAACAUAAUGUGCUGAACUUUCAUUUUAAUUGUGAAAUAAGGGCUGGUGUAACAUUUGGUUAGUAACUGCAAAGGCAAAUGCUAAUGCUCUUUGCAUCUGAAGAGUCCCAGUUUUUGAAAUUAGGAUUAUCAUCGAGCGUUCAAAGGGUAACUGAUGUUCUGAGAAGCUCUGGCAGAAAUGUAACGCUGCUUGGAAUGUUUUUCUUGAGAGCACUUGUCAAAACAUGUGAGCAAGCUGUUUGUGAGGCCACACAUCCCUUUUUCUGUGAGCUGGUUUGUGUGAUGUUUGUUUACCCACUGCUGUAUUGAGGACUCAGUGCAGUUACAAGUGUGUGACACAGCUAUGAUUAACUACCAUGAAAAAAAUGCAACAAAACGCGUCCUCCGAGCUGCUGCAGUCCUGCCGUGAUUAGAAGAGAUAUAUCCCAGUUUUAUGCAAGCCAUUUGUGCUUGGGUUUGUGAAUGACGGUGUUUCAAAAUACAAGGGGGUGAAUUUGCCAGUGUUUGUGUGGAUGUUGCCACAGAGAAGACAAUUAAUUAUUUUGGCUUUUGGGGAGUAUUGUGUAAGAUUUCACUUGGGCUUGCGGAAGCCCGAUCUACAGAAAGUCACUUUUAAACCACGAUCUGGCUGGCAUGCUUUGCUGCGUAUAAUAUUUGAGGAAAAGCAAGAGUAGACAGGCGUUGCAAAGAAAUGCAUGGAAAUAAGGGAUGGUCAUACCGCAGAGCAGUAUCGCCUGUUUGCUGGGGAAAAUCUGGUCUGUGAUCCUGAAAAUAGAUGUUGAAUCCACUACUUCAGCACAGUGUCUGUCAGAAACACCAGCUGAAAAUAGGCUGCAGCAUAACCACUAAACAAGCUUUCAGAGCCCUCCUGGCCUCUCCCCUCUGUUCUUAUGUUUGAGACAAACCUAUGGAGAAACGUUGCCACGCCAGCUGCCCUAGGAGAUGCAAAGUCCUGGACUCCUAUUUAAGUGCUAAUCUUUCAGUAACGUUUCAUUAGAGGUGUUCUGUGUAAGAAAAGGUUGGUGAAUCUGUAUUGCUGCCUGGUUUGGGCUGGUUGUGUGUGUUGUGUGGGUUUUUUUUGGUUCUGUUUUUGUUUUGUUUUGUUUUUCCCCCUCUGUCCAUCAACUUAAUGAAUGUCCAAAGGCCUUGGGGCUGCCUUUUUACUAUUCCUUUUUGUCGAAAGAGCGAGUAGUCAUACAGUUAGUAUACCCAGACUCCUCCCUGUGUUGGAGGGACUGAUGAGACUGUCGGCUGUUACCAGAAACAUCCCCUGGCACACAGGGCUGCCUCCCAUGCCACAGUUUGUAUGUGCAUAAAAUUAGUAAUAAAAUACGUUAUCUCCAGA